CUCGCGACAGUCCCCAGGAGCCACCGCCCCCUCGUCGCGGUGUGGUGCGGUGUGCUGCUUGGGGUCCGCUGUGGCUGGGGCGUCCCGAUGCUCCCCAGCUGGCGGAGUCAGGGGCGGAGGGAGGAUGACCUCUCCUUGGGGUCACAGUGCCGACCUGGCCCGCUUCUACACUGUCACCGAGCCCCAGCGACACCCCAGGGGCUACACGGUCUAUAAGGUUACUGCCCGGGUUGUCUCACGAAGAAAUCCAGAAGACGUCCAGGAGAUAAUUGUAUGGAAGAGAUACAGUGACUUUAAGAAACUGCACAAAGAACUAUGGCAAAUUCACAGAAACUUAUUCCGACACUCAGAGCUGUUUCCUCCAUUUGCUAAAGGGAUAGUGUUUGGGCGGUUUGACAAAAGUGUUAUUGAAGAGAGACGCCAGUGUGCUGAAGACCUGCUCCAGUUCUCUGCCAACAUUCCCGCCCUGUACAACAGCAAGCAGCUCGAAGACUUCUUCAAGGGUGGGAUAAUUAAUGAUGGCUCUGCGUUAAUUGGCCCUGCUGAGGAGUACCCAGAGUCCCUGCCUGACACCUUCCCUGAGUGUGGUACGGAAGGCUUCUCCAGUGAUAGCGACCUCCCGUCCCUCACUGUUGACGCAGACUCCAUUGCAGAGGUGGACGAUGGAAUGGCUUCCCGUCAGGGUUCUCCCAGUAAAACUUUUGGUCUGAGUCUGUCUGCGGAUUCUUCGGCAGCAGGGGCUGGCGCUUCUGACGGUGAACCGAGCAAAGCAGAAGACCGGGAAAGCCGGACCCUCUUCCCCAGCAGCUUAAAGCCGAGGCUGGGCAGGAGAGAUUACCUGGAGAAAGCAGGGGAGCUUAUCAAGCUGGCCGUGAAGAAGGAGGAGGAAGACGACUAUGAAGCUGCCUCUGACUUUUACAGGAAGGGCGUCGACCUGCUCCUGGAAGGAGUGCAAGGAGAGUCAAGCCCCACACGACGGGAGGCUGUGAAGAGAAGGACAGCUGAGUACCUCAUGCGUGCAGAGAGCAUCUCCAGCCUCCGGGCCUCACCUCAGCUCGACGCUGGACUGCAGCCUCCAGGACCACUAGGUUCAAGGCCCCCUUGGAACCUAAGGAGCCCCGCCGAGGAGCUGAAGGCCUUCAGAGUCCUUGGGGUGAUUGACAAGGUUUUACUUGUAAUGGACACAAGGACAGAACAGACCUUCAUUUUAAAAGGUCUGAGGAAGAGCAGUGAGUACAGCAGGAGCAGGAAGACCGUCAUCCCCCGCUGUGUGCCCCACAUGGUGUGUCUACACAAGUACAUCAUCUCGGAGGAGUCCGUGUUUCUCGUGCUGCAGCGUGCCGAAGGUGGCAAACUCUGGUCAUACAUCAGUAAAUUUCUAAACAGAAGUUCUCAAGAAAGCUUUGACAUUAAGGAGACGAAACCGUGCGUGCCUCACCGCGUUUACCUGCAGCAGCCAAGUGCGAGCCCUCAGGACAGCAGCAGCUUCGAGUCCAGAGGGAGCGACAGGGAGCCUCUGAAAGCGCUCUUCGCCCAGGACUCGGUCAGCAGGGGCUCGGACGACUCGGUCCCUGUCAUUUCCUUCAAAGAAGCGGCUUUGGGGGAUGUCUGCGGUGCAGAGGACGGAAGGCCCGACCUGCUGGUAAACCUCCCCGGAGAACUGCAGCCAACCCAGGAGGCCUCGGCGACCCACCGCACCCAGUUUGCGCAGGCCGGGGCAGGCAGGCUGGAAGGCAAACUGCUGGAAGCCCCGGAUGUGCUGUGCCUCAGGCUGAGUCCCCAGCAGUGCCAGGGCCCGGGACAAGAAGGCCCCGAGGAGCCGAGCGAGGGCACUGGGCCCCUGCCCUGUGUCCUGACUCCAAAGCACCCGGCUCAGGCAGAGCCCGGGGUGUUAGGCCCCGCCGCUGCUGACCACAGCAGCCCAGCAGACCAGUUUCUGUUGCCCAGCUCGUACCCUGAGUCUGCAGGGCUGGGACACGCGGAGGCCGCGGUCACCGCGCACGCGCACGAGGCGGGAGAAAGCCUGACCCACACUUGCAGCCCACACUCAGGUGCUAAGGGAUACGGUGCACAGACAGACACUGCCACAGUGGAGGAAGUGUUACUGUUCACAGAGCAGGCCAAAGAGGAACCGAGCCCUCCAUUUCAGAGACACUCUGAGACCAAGGAGCAAAGUGUGCUCGCCCUGGGAGGAGACAAGGAAAUCCAUCAGAUUUUUGAGGACCUUGAUAAGAAAUUAGCAGUGAGCUCUAGGUUCUUCAUCCCGGAGGGCUGCGUUCAGAGAUGGGCAGCUGAAAUGGUGGUAGCCCUUGACGCCCUGCACAGAGAGGGGAUUGUGUGCCGCGAUCUGAACCCAAACAACAUCUUAUUGAAUGAUGGAGGACACAUUCAGCUAACGUAUUUUAGCAGGUGGAGUGAGGUUGAAGAUUCCUGUGACAGCGAUGCCAUAGCGAGAAUGUACUGUGCCCCAGAGGUUGGAGCAGUCACAGAAGAAACUGAAGCUUGUGAUUGGUGGAGCCUGGGUGCUGUCCUCUUCGAACUUCUCACUGGCAAGACACUGGUGGAGUGCCACCCAGCAGGAAUAAACACCCACACUACUUUGAACAUGCCAGACUGUGUUUCUGAAGAGGCUCGCUCACUCAUUCAACAGCUCUUGCAGUUCAACCCUCUGGAGCGUCUGGGUGCCGGAGUGGCUGGUGUCGAAGACAUCAAAUCUCACCCAUUUUUCACGCCAGUGGACUGGGCAGAACUGACAAGAUGAGCAUCGUGUGGAGUGUUCUUCACGAGAUGGAGCCCCUCAAGACAGAUCUCCAGGAGUAUCUAGGCUUCGGUCACCCUUCAGCGGGUGCACCAGAGCCUCGGGACAAGGCCUUAGAGGAAGUGAUGGGUCAGGGGGCUAACAGAGUCCCUUCCACCUGAUGUCUGGACGAGAGCUUGAGAGCUUGGUGAACCUUGCCAGCAGCUGUAUUGCACUGGCCCUCCCCAAGAUAAGAUGUAACUGGCCUUCAGGGUUUCUGGUGUGUGGCAGACAUGAAUGAGAAUGCCUGUGCAAACACCUCUGCUAGGAGGCUGUAAGUGUAGAAGGGAGAUUUUGGUGGCAGCUAAUGGUGCUUCUGUUAUACAAGACUGUUUUUCACGAUUAAGUCGAUAUUGCUGAGUAACACACUAAAUGCGCUCUGUGAACAGUGCCACCAACGGGCUGACGAUGUGACAGGGAAUGCCCAGUGCUGAGCAGGGCUAGGUUGUCUGAGGAAAAAACACUCUGGCCGGCCUCGGACUUGCUGCUCGAUGCUGCUAACUCUGCAGGGCUCGACGUCUGUCCUCCAGCUCCUCUCUCCCCUGCUCCAAUCCCGCAUUCUCUGCUCAUUCUCUCAGAUUCCGCUUUAGUCUUCUGUCAACACACAAAGAACAAAAAAGGGAAGGGGUAUUUAUUCCCCCAAACUGUCAGUGUAACAAGACUAAGAAAUCAUGAUGUAAAAUAAAUGUGGUUGAAACUUG